UUUGGUUCCUUCGUCCUCAGAGGGUCAACAGGGACGGCCACGACCCAAACCCUUCUCUCUAUCUCUCUCCUCGAAAUUAAUCCCCUUUUCUCCAUUCCUCAGAAUUUUCAAUCACAAGCCCCCCUUCAAAGUCAACGGUUCAAUCGGAUUUCAAAUUCUCGAUCAAUAUCAACGCCCUAUUGUACUCAUCGUGCCCACUUCGGCAUAGCUAUGUCGUCCGAGAUCGAGGUCGUCGAGGAGGUCCAAUCCCGCGAUCAGCAAUCGCCGGCGUCGGCCUCCGCCUCCGACGCCGAUGUAGUCACGGAAGAGAGCCUCCGGAACGAUGUGUACACUGCGGCGGCUUAUGGGGAUUUGGAGAAGCUGCAUAGAUUGGUAGAGCAAGAGGGUUGUCCCGUCACCGAGCCCGAUGGGUUGGGUUACUACGCGCUUCAGUGGGCUGCACUCAAUAAUCGCACCGCCGCUGCUCAGUACAUCAUUGAGCAUGGGGGAGAUGUAAAUGCAACGGAUCAUACUGGCCAGACAGCACUACAUUGGAGUGCGGUUCGGGGUGCUAUUCAGGUUGCGGAGCUUUUACUCCAAGAGGGUACUAGAGUGAAUGCUGCCGAUAUGAAUGGGUAUCAGACAACACAUGUUGCUGCUCAAUAUGGUCAAACUGCUUUCCUUUACCACGUUGUUUCAAAAUGGAAUGCUGACCCUGAUGUUCCUGAUAAUGACGGAAGAAGCCCCUUGCAUUGGGCUGCUUACAAAGGUUUUGCUGAUUGUAUACGUCUUCUGUUAUUUCUUGAUGCACAUAGGGGACGUCAGGAUAAAGAGGGUUGCACUCCUCUUCAUUGGGCUGCUAUUAGGGGUAACUUGGAGGCCUGUACUGUGUUAGUACAGGCUGGCAAGAAGGAAGACCUGAUGGUGACUGAUAACACAGGCCUUACACCAGCACAGCUUGCUUCUGAUAAGAAUCACAGACAAGUUGCUUUUUUCCUUGGAAAUGCCCGAAGGUUGCUUGACAAACGCUGUGAUGGGAACAGCCGCCUUGGAAAGAUAUCCAAAUUAGGACUUGCUCCUGUACUUUGGUGCAUAAUUUUUCUGCUCUUGGUCACCUAUGUUCAUUCGGUCAUCUUGGCAACAAAUAUGCCAAAGUUGACAGCUGCAUCAGGCCUUCUUGCAUGGUUUGGAGUUUUACUUGCAACUGUUGGAUUGGUGAUGUUUUACAGGUGUAGCAGCAAGGAUCCAGGUUAUAUCAGAAUGAAUGUGCAUGACACUCUGAAUAUGAAAGAUGAAGAGCCUCUGUUGAAGAUUGAGAUAAAUAAUCCUGCUUUGCUAGCUGGAAAUUGGUCCCAGCUUUGUGCAACAUGCAAGAUUGUCAGGCCUCUUCGUGCAAAACACUGUUCUACCUGUGAUCGUUGUGUGGAACAAUUUGAUCAUCAUUGUCCUUGGGUAUCCAAUUGCAUUGGCAAGAAGAACAAAUGGGAUUUCUUUGUUUUUCUUGUUCUUGAAAUUUCAGCAAUGUUGGUUACUGGGGGAGUUUGUCUUACAAGAGUUUUAACUGGCCCACUUGCUCCUCAUUCAUUUGGGGCAUGGAUUCAGUAUGUUGGUAAGAAUCACGUUGGUGCAAUAUCAUUUCUAAUUGCUGAUUUUUUCCUCUUCUUCGGCGUGUUUGCUUUGACAGUUAUUCAGGCUAGUCAGAUAUCACGCAAUAUUACAACAAAUGAAAUGGCAAAUGCAAUGCGAUAUAGCUACCUCAGAGGUCCAGGUGGUAGAUUCAGAAAUCCAUAUGAUCAUGGUGUCAAGAAGAACUGUUCUGAUUUCUUGAUCAAUGGAUACAAUGAAGAUGUGGAGUGUGUCGAAGAAUUAGGUCAGUCUGAGGGUAUAGGAAUGAUGCACGUUGCAAGCAGCUCAAACUUGGCAAAUGGAGAGUCACAUUCUCAUUCUGAAUAUGCAAAGGGCAAUGGAAAUGGCCAUGUUGUUAUUAAUGUGAAUUCCAACACUACCAACUCCAGAACACAUCAUGGUCAUACAAACGGUCAUGUUCAUUCUUCGCAUUGUAGCCAUAAUAAUCAUGGCAAAACCAGAAAUGACAGCAUUCCUUUGGGCUUAGGUCUUGGCCUUGGACGGAACACCAGAUCUGUUGCACCAUCAUCAUGAUAUUUACAUGUCUUGUUGUACCUAAUUGUAAUGUAUCAUAAGCACUCAUUUGGGUUAGUCUACGUUAAUUCCAUUUAUUGUGGCCUUUUCUUACCAUACCCACCAUGUUCAAUUUUGUGUUACAUCGUACUCAUCUUCUCUUCUCUCUGUUUUUCUCCUUUUGUAACUAAUUUGAGUCCGUUCUUAAAGCUGAUAAGACUUGAAAUCAUUAUGAAAUUCGUAUAUAUUUGCUAAA